ACAGAUCUUAAUGACAAUGAAAGUUAACUAUAGUUAGUGACAUAUGGACUUCCUUGACCAACAAUAUUCAGUGAGAGUAUUCUAUCAAUUGUGAACGUACAUCCGAUAGCAAUGGACGUAAAAUGUGUGUUAGCAUAUGUGAUCAUGACGACCCUGCUGGUUACCAACGGGCAUAGGCUUAGGCCAGUGUACAAGAAAUUGUCCCAUCUUGAAGACACAAUCUAUGCACAUCGGGAGCACUGGAAAAACGAAAUGGUCAUUUUUCAGAACAUGAUGGAAAGGAAACUCUUGAAUAGGGUUGUACGUCAAACCCUACCUAAACUCAUCGAAAAGAAAUUGCUGGACAUUUUGAAAUCCGGUGUGCUUGACAUUGCCGUCGACAACUACAACUACCAACGGAUAGACCGAAUGUUCCACCAGCAUCAAAUAAUCAAGGUCCACAUGGCAUGGACAUACCGUCAGUUGGUCGGUGCUAUAGCGCUAGUGCGAAAGUCCAAUCGAGAAUCAAAACAGCUGACUCAGCAGAUCAAGUCUCUCCAGACCAGUGUCAGUGGAUUCAAAAGUAUCAUCAAAGAAGUCCUUGAAGAUAAUGCUCGCUUGAAACAAGCCUUGAGUGGGAUCGAGAACAAAGUGAUGGGACUGGCAGCUUGUUUUCCCUCUGAUGCGCCAUGUGGUCUGGCCAAGGACAGGAGCACCCGUGUAGUCUCCAUCCACACCUGGGAGCCUGCCCUCACUACUGAAUCCUCCAGUGGACUCACAGCAGAGGAUGUUGGGCAAGAAGCGGUGGCUUCCACGAUUACAUCAGAUGUGAUGCCGACCAAAGAAACACCUGCUUUGACGACUGGGGCUGGGAAGUUGGACAUAGAAGGCGAAAUCUUCUCUACGGGUUCCGGAGAACAUAAAGAUCCAGUAGUGCUCCCGUUGGCACAGACAACCGACGUCAGGGACAGCUUCAAUAAAUAUCUUGUAGAAGAAGAACUUUUAACACUGAUCCCAAGGGAGGAGUCUGUUUCAGAAAGAACAUCUCCACCAAAAACGACGUCAGAGACAACAAAGUUACCUUCAACACUGGACAGAGAAACGACAACGUUGAUGCGAGGCGAAAUGUCAAAACUAACAUCGCACCCAUCGACGCCAUUGACGACUGUCACCGCAAGUGCAACAACUACCCACACUGAUCACGUCGAAGCAUCGACGUCUAAAACUCAACAUGGGUCUGUCGUGACGCGGGUAGUGACGGCUGCUGCGGUUGACCGAGCGACACCGACGGCUAAACAGCAAACCUCUACACCAAGGCCGGGGGACUGGGACAUACAGAGUUUGAUCGGGACAUGACAAAAACGAUAUUGGAAGUUCGAUCAACACUUGCUCAACUGAUGUACGAGAGACGACAUGGACUUUCAUGCGAAUACAUUCAAAACAAAUGCCUAGUUAGGAUGAUUGUGAUCAAAUGCGGUGACCUUCACCUUAAAGCUCCUUGUUGAGGAUGCUGGGUAUUCUUUAGCCCAAGUUAGUUGGGAAGGGGGGGGGGAUUCUCUCUCUCUGUCUG